AUGGACAAGGAGGAGGAGGAGGAAGAGAGGGAAGGAGAUGGUGUCAAAACAGUAACUGCAAAGUACAAUGAAACUGAAGAAAAACUAGAAGCUAUAAAAAAACUCCUUCUCACAGGGGAGGUCAGCGUGGUCGCUUCCCCGUCUCGCCGCCUCCACGUAUCGCCGCCUCCACGUAUCGCCGCCUCAACGUAUCGCCGCCUCAACGUAUCGCCGCCUCCACGUCUCGCCGCCUCCACGUCUCGCCGCCUCCCCAACUCGCCGCCUCCCCGUCUCAUCGCCUCCCCGUCUCGUCGCCUCCACGUCUCGCCGCCUCCCCGUCUCGCCGCCUCCACGUCUCGCCGCCUCCACGUAUCGCCGCCUCCACGUAUCGCCGCCUCCACGUAUCGCCGCCUCCCCGACUCGCCGCCUCCCCGUCUCGUCGCCUCCCUGUCUCGCCGCCUCCCCGUCUCGCCGCCUCCCCGUCUCGCCGCCUCCACGUCUCGCCGCCUCCACGUAUCGCCGCCUCCACGUAUCGCCGCCUCCACGUAUCGCCGCCUCCACGUCUCGCCGCCUCCCCGACUCGCCGCCUCCCCGUCUCGCCGCCUCCCCGUCUCGCCGCCUCCCCGUCUCGUCGCCUCCACGUCUCGCCGCCUCCCCGUCUCGCCGCCUCCACGUAUCGCCGCCUCCACGUCUCGCCGCCUCCACGUAUCGCCGCCUCCACGUAUCGCCGCCUCCACGUAUCGCCGCCUCAACGUAUCGCCGCCUCCACGUCUCGCCGCCUCCACGUCUCGCCGCCUCCCCGACUCGCCGCCUCCCCGUCUCGUCGCCUCCCCGUCUCGUCGCCUCCACGUCUCGCCGCCUCCCCGUCUCGCCGCCUCCCCGGCUCACCGCCUCCACGUAUCGCCGCCUCCACGUAUCGCCGCCUCCACGUAUCGCCGCUUCCUCGUAUCGUGGCGCCCACGUAUCGUGGCGCCCACGUAUCGUGGCCCUCACGUAUCGCCGCCCCCACGUAUCGCUGCCUCCACGUAUCGCCGCCUCCACGUAUCGCCGCCUCCACGUAUCGCCGCCUCCCCUUCUCGCCGCAUCCACGAAUCGUCGCUUCCCCGUCUCGUCGCUUCUCCGUCUCGUCGCUUCUCCGUCUCGUCGCUUCUCCGUCUCGUCGCUUCUCCGUCUGGUCGCAUCAACUUCCCUGCAGUGCACCGAGCUACAGAGUCCUCAGUUCCAAUCAAGCUUUUCAUUACCUUUGUGAAGAUCACGAGGUAUAAUGAGAUACAGGAAGAUGUGAAGGAUGUUUAUUGA